AAGGACAUAGUACGAUUUUGGUGAUUAAUCGGAAAGGUUUACGUUUUUUAGUACUACUGUCGCACUUAAGUUAAAAACUAGGAAUUAUUUUUCAAAAUAAUGUUUAACAGUUAUAAUCGUCGGAAAAAGCAUGAUACCGUCUUCUUAAAUGUCAAGCCCACUUUUAACAGUCAGGGUAACGGUCUACGGAAGUACUCAACUGGUUUGCUGGAUAAGGAGGACAAUCCGUUUUACGAUGUGAAUAGUAGCAGUGCUAGUCGAGCAUCGGUCGGAACUAUAACCACAUUGAAUGAAAAUUUCCGGGCCAAUAUUUUUUACAAUAAUAUUGCGCCAAUUCAAUGGUUUUUGCAUAUGCUCGGAGUUUUACCCAUAACGCGUCGGGAGCCUGGUAAGGCCAAAUUUCGCAUAAAUUCCAUUGCAUUCGGCUAUUCGUUUGCUUUCUUUAUACUUCUAUCGGUUUUUGUUACUUAUGUUGCUAAAAAUCGUAUAAGUAUUGUGGCGUCACUGAGUGGACCUUUUGAGGAAGCCGUAAUUGCCUAUUUAUUUCUCGUAAAUAUUUUACCGCUAAUAUUGAUUCCAAUAUUAUGGUGGGAGGCGCGUAAAAUCGCUAAGUUGUGGAAUGAUUGGGACGACUUUGAGAUUUUGUAUUAUCAAAUAUCAGGUCACAGCAUGCCCUUGAAUUUGCGUCGCAAAACAACUAUGAUUGCGGUGGUUUUGCCGAUUUUAUCCAUUUUAUCGGUCGUCAUAACGCAUAUAACGAUGGCGGAUUUUCAAAUAAUUCAAGUAAUUCCAUACUGCAUCUUAGACAACUUGUCUGCCAUGCUAGGAGCUUGGUGGUUCAUAAUAUGCGAAAGUCUCAGCAUGACGGCCAAUAUACUGGGCGAACGCUUUCAAAGGGCACUCCGUCACAUAGGUCCCGCCGCCAUGGUCGCCGAUUAUCGCGCCUUGUGGUUACGUUUGAGCAAACUGACACGCGAUACCGGCAAUGCGACCUGCUACACUUUCACUUUUAUCAAUUUGUAUCUCUUUUUCAUCAUCACACUCUCCGUUUACGGACUCAUGUCACAGCUCUCUGAAGGCUUUGGCAUUAAGGAUAUCGGUUUGGCUAUAACGGCUAUUUGGAAUGUUUUUUUGCUUUUCUACAUUUGCGAUAAAGCUCAUUACGCCUCCUUCAAUGUGCGCACGAAUUUCCAGAAAAAGCUGCUGAUGGUCGAACUGAAUUGGAUGAACUCGGACGCGCAAACGGAGAUAAAUAUGUUCAUACGCGCUACGGAAAUGAAUCCGUCGAAUAUCAAUUGUGGUGGAUUCUUCGAUGUGAACAGAAAUCUUUUCAAAGGCCUGCUCACCACCAUGGUCACUUAUCUAGUUGUCUUGCUGCAGUUCCAAAUCAGCAUCCCCACCGACACGGGUCGGCACAUGAACGUUUCGGUGGCCGAGUUAGCCACCGACAUGAUGCUGGAAAGUGCUGAGGUCGAAUUAACUACCACCAGUACAACAUCGACAACAACAACCACAACGACUAAGAUGCCACCGCCGGCACGUGGCAGGAAGGGAUAAAGAAUUUGAAACGAUAUUUUUGAUAUUCUAACAAUAUUAUUAGAGAUUUUGAUAUAAGGAAUACAUUUUAUGGGAAAUAUUGAAUAAAGUAGGAUUUGGAAAAUAAAGCAACAACAUAUUUAGUGGUCAA